UAUCCGCAUAUGGCAUGGCCUCGUUAUCGUAAACUUAGUACAAGCAGAGCAGGAUUAAUGAUCAAGUUCCACAGUUUAAUAUUAAUAAUCAGUAGAGUAAGAAGUAAUUACAAAUGCCUCCGACUGUAAAGGACGUGAAGAUAUCUCUUGGUAAAGUUCAAAUAUACCUAGAAGAAUUAUCGUCAUCUAUUGAAGAAAGAGAACGAUUAAUUAGUGUACUUAAACUUACUCCAAGUAGUAAUGAUAAUUAUGAUUUAAUUAGUUUAUUACAAAAAUUAUCUAAAUAUUUACGAUAUUUACAAGAUGAUUUGGAAGUAUUGGUUAGACGAGAUAGAAGUAUUAUAGAUGAACAUAUUGGACAAUUUCGAGUAUUGGCAUUAAAGUAUAAUGAACUUGUUGAGCAAGUAUCUAAAGAGGCAACUAUAGAUGUAGAAGAAUAUAAAUUUAAUUUAAAUUUAACUUUGGGAGCUAAUAGUAUACCUAAGAGUGUUAAGGAUACUACAGGAUCUAAAUCAGUUAGAUUUAAAGAUGAUAUUGAUGAAGAUAAUGAUAUAUUAAGAAAUGAAUUAAUGGGAACAAGAGCCUUUAAACCAUAUUCAGAUAAUGAUAAUAAUAGUACUGAUAUUGAUAGUGAGGCUGAAUCAUUUGAUGCCCAAAGUAAUCAACAGAUGUUUGCCCAACAUCAACAGACACUUAAUGAGCAAGAUUCUGAUCUUGAUCUUUUACAUCAAUCCAUAAGGCGACAACAUUCAAUGGGUAUGACGAUAAAUGAAGAGCUUGAUGAUCAAUUAAUUAUAUUGAAUGAUUUAGAACUGGGAAUUGAUCGUGCACAACUGAGACUCAGUAGUGCUACGAGAAGAUUAAAUGAAUUCCGUAAGACAUGUAAGGAGAAUGGUAGUCUUGUUACCAUUAUAGUAUUGACAGUUAUAUUAGUAUUACUAUUGGUGGUUCUAAAUUAGAAUAUAAUACAUAUAUAAAUAUAUACACUAUAUAUAUAUAGAUAAAUAAUUCUAUUUUUUAAUUUAUUUAAUAUAUUUAAUUAAUUACUUGACUAGAAAUUGAAAUCGUCAUUUUCAUCUUCCUCUUCAGAGAAGAACCAU